CAAAGAAGAAGAAAUAACUUCCGCUUAAUCCGGAAGAGGCGCCAAAAAUCAAACUGUUGUUGUUUUUUUCCGAGCAGUUGGACAAGCGAGGCGCUUACCUCUACGGAUCUGUUUUCACAUGUUACUUUUGAAUGGUUUUUGAAUCCUAUGGCAACAUGGAGUCGACCAAAGAGUUUUUCUCCAAGCUAAGGAAGCUGGCGGUGACGGUGGAGACAGAAACUGAGAGGCUACAGCGAGCUUUUGAGAACCGAGGGAACGAGGAUAGUGACAGCGGUCAGGGAGCCGUCCGAGCGAGGCGAGCGUAUCAUGACGUGAAGAGUGACGUCAGCAGUCUGAAGAAGCAGCUCUUGGAGGAGUUGGCUGAACAGAAACAACAAGAGAACGAGGUCAGCAGCUUCCUGAAGGCGUACAGAGAGAUGGAGCUGAAGGUCUCUGACGACAUCCGCGCAAUCAGGACACACUUGGAAAAAUAUGGUUACCGGGCUCCGCGUGAGGCGGAAGAUCCCAGCAACGCGACGGAUCCAGAAGCAGAGGGGGAUGAAACCAGCACAGCGGCUGAAGAAGAUGCAAACCAGGAGGAGGAUGAGAGGGGUGGCUCUACGCCGCCCUCAAAGCUGGAGCAGCCCGUCCCCGACGUGCUGCGAACCCCCCACCUCUCGGAUUUUGGUCUGUCUGAGUUGCACCUUAAGAGGGUGGUGAGCGGAGCAGAGUGGUGCCCCGAAGUCCCCCCCAUGCCGGAGAUUCGCCUCCCGCAGCCCUCGCUCCAGACGCCCCCCCUGCCCCCCACGGCCAUGACUCCCAAACGCGCUCUGUGGAUGGAUGACGACGAGCUGCAGAUGCCCCAGAUGCAUGAUUUUGGCAUCUCGGAGCACACGUUGUGUCUGAACAAUGACUUCACCAUGGAUCUGCUCAGGAAGAGGGACCUGCAGCCUAAACGACCUUCGCAAGACGCCCCCGUCCCAACCGUGAGCGCGGUAACUGAGAGGCUGCAGACUAAAGCUGACAGUUUAGAGUCUCCAGAGCUGCCUCUACUUUGUACCCAAGGGUUCACGACAAACAAGUCAAGAAGCGACGACCUGCCAUCACGAGACGCAAGGGAGCCGAAGCCCCCCUGUCACGCAAACCUGCCAACCACCCCUGAGGUGCCUGCAUUUCAAAACCCAUACUUAAACCGCCUGGUCAGCACCAACAAGAGGGCCAACCCUGAGCCCACCAACCUGGAAAGUGACGGCGAUAGCCACAUUUUCCAGCUCCAGACAUCUCCUGGUAUCGGAACGAAUGGCUCCAAGCGCCCCUGGGAGUACAAUGUGCCGCAAAUGUCCUCCUUUGAUUUGGAGAGCCCAGAGAUGCCCAACUUGGAGUCGGUUUUGGGAAAUUCUCUACACACUAGGAGUGGGCGAACGCUGCAGGCGGGACAGAAGGAUAAGGCGGGGAAGGAAGGCGCCUCGUCCCUCUGCAGCCUGGAUCUGGACGGAGCCACCCAGGAGCUGCGCUUUGGAACGCCUCGCAUCAGGAGAAACUACCAGGAGCCUAGCACCCCCAAGAUGCCAGACCUCAGCUCUAUUACGCAGGACAUAUUUAAACUUGUGUCCCAGGCUCAGAUGAAAGAAACUAUGACUGGAUCAAAGCACCUGCCUGUCAGCUCAGACAAACACAGCGCUCCACCUGCAAAGGGUCUGUCUUUGGUUUCUCAGAGCGAGUUUCCGACUUUGCCUCCACACCUGAGGCUGAUGACCAGCAGCCUUAACCGAGCCGUCGACCACGUCAGCAGAUUUUCGCCCUCUGCAGGAGAAAAAAAGGAACUGACGAUGGCUGGUCUGAGGAGAAUCAUCAGGGGAACCAUGGCCUCUGAAUGCAUCUUGUGUCUAAAGCAGCUCCAGAGGCUGACGCCUGUGGAUGGAUGCCUGGAGGCUUCUGUGUGCACUGAUGACAGACAGCUGAACAGUGCCCAGAUGGCCAGCUCAAGAUACACAGAUUCUGACUAUCGAUGCUGAACUUUGUAUUUGUGACAUGGCGAAAUGUAAAUCCAUAGAGUAGGAAUGGUUUUACAAGUAAAUGUAGUUUGCAGCAAUAAAUACUUAUCGAGUUUUCCAAAUAAAGUGACUGGAAAUAUAAACUCUUUAGUUUGCAUUUGCAUAGUUUUCAUUAUCAUUAUUAAAGGGAAUUUGAAUAAAAUUAAGUUUAUUUUUUGCAUUGCCAAAAAAUGUAAUGAAUCAUAAUGUAAAUAUUACACUUGAUGGGUCAUAAAGCAAAUUCACAAAUUAACACAUUUAAUUUUUUGUUUCAGUUCCAGUCAAUAAUUUUAAUGUAACUGUCUCGCUACUAUUGAGCUAGAAAAGUCUGUUCACCUUCAUUUUUUGUAAAAUAAACACUUUUUUCAUGCUUUG